CCGAUCCAAUGACAGCGGAGUUUGGGAAGCGCUUCGGUUUCUUCAAUGAAACAGGUGCGGCCGGAGCGUCGUAGCCCCGCCCCCUGGGGGCACCAUAUUUGGAGAACUUCCUCAUUCCAAAGGGCGCGGGGCGGGGCGAUGACGCCACCUGUUAGUGAAUGGGCUGCCGGCUCGUGCUCACUGAGCCGGUGGAGUGAGAGAGAGAGAGCCAGAGAGAGGAGAGAGAGGGACAGAGGGAGCGUACAGGCUUCAGGAGACAAACUUCUAACUCAGUAAGAAAAGACCUGUGGAAACAUCAUGGAGCUCCGUCCACUCAUCUCGGUCCUGUUUGUAUUUAUUCACCAACUCGCGUUCAGCCUCCAGUCCAAAGAACAAGUAUUGCUGGACAUGAGGGCUUCAGGAUCAGAGCUCGGCUGGUUGACGUUGCCAUAUGAGAACGGAUGGGAGAUCGUCCAGACGGUGGUGAAUGGCUCGCUUUUCUAUACCUACAGUGUUUGUAGCAUAGACUCGACAGAACAGGAAAACUGGCUACGUACAACGUUCAUCCAGCGGCGCCCGGGGACGUCGCGCGUCUCUGUGGAGCUACGUUUCGUCGUGCGGGACUGCAACAGCUUUGAUGGAGCCUCCGUGGCCUGCAAAGAAACCUUCAACCUUUUCAUCUCCGAGGCGGACGCUGAUGUGGGAACCAACUUCCGUAAAGGGCAGUUCCGAAAAGUGGCCACCAUCGCCCCUGAUGAGGUCACAAAGGGCCGCGAGCUGAAGGUCAACACGGAGACGAGGACCGUGGGGCCUAUGUCCAAAGAGGGCUUCUACCUUGCUUUCCAGGACAUGGGCACUUGCGUGGCGCUCCUCUCGGUCCGAGUUUAUUACAAGUCGUGCCCGUCCACGGUGCAGAGCUUGGCGGCCUUCCCGGAGACGGUGGCGGACGCUCUCACGGUAGUGGAGGGAGCCUGCGUGGAGAACGCCGUCAGUCAGGCCACCCCACGCAUCUACUGCACGGCUGAGGGGGAAUGGGUGGUUCCCGUGGGUCAGUGCCAGUGUCUGUCGGGCUACGAAACCACCGGGGAAUCCUGCCAAGCGUGCAAGCCAGGCUACUUCAAGCCGUAUGUAUCCAGCGAGUUUUGUCAGGUUUGUCCUGAUAACACCAAGCCCUCCGGCACCGGCGCCACUGAAUGUCAAUGUGAGGAAGGUUUCUUCCGCUCCCCCUCCGACCCGCCAACAUCUCCCUGCUCCGCUCCUCCCAGUGCCCCUCGCGAGCUGACCUCCACCACCCUGUCAGCUGACGGCCGGCUGCAGCUGUCCUGGAGCCCACCGCUGGUGACUGGAGGCCGAAGUGACCUCACCUACAGCGUGGUGUGCGAGCACUGCGAGGCCGCCCUGUGCACCCCCUGUGGUGAGAAGAUGCGUUACCACCCAGGACACACGGGCCUGCGAGACGCCGCGGUCGUCGUCUCCGACCUGGAUUCUCAUCUGAACUACACCUUCACUGUGGAGGCUCACAGCGGCGUGUCCCAGUACGGCACUGACAGACCCACAGCAACCAUCACUACUGCUCUGGACUACACAGAUCCCCCCAAGGUGACGCUGAUCCAUCUGGACGAUCGCAGCCCCACCAGUCUGUCUCUGUCCUGGACUCUGUCUCGCAGACCUCCAGUCCACAUCAAUCACCGCUAUGAGCUUAUGUACCGCAGAAAAGACGAGGACGGCGAGCGGGACGUGACCACCUACACGGUCGUGAUUUCGGACAAAAGCUCGGUCCAGAUAAAUGACCUCACCCCAAACACCACGUACACGUUCAGGGUCCAGGCCCUGAGUCCGGAGGGCAACCCGGGCAGCUACAGCACCGAGCACGAGUUCCACACUUCACCAAUAGCCGAGUCUCAGGUCCAGGGCAACUCCACCAUGGUGAUGGGAGCUGUAGUGGGAGUGGCUGUGAUCCUGCUGGUCGUGGUGGCCGUGCUGCUGCUGCGUAAACGCAGACUGAGGUCUCACGUCAGGGGAGGAGCAGAGGAUCCGUACUUCUCAACAGAUCAGCUCAAGCCUCUGAAGACUUACAUCGAUCCACACAUGUACGAGGACCCCAACAUCGCCAUCCAAAAGUUUGUCACGGAAAUUGACCCGACCGCCAUUAGCAAACAAAAGGUCAUCGGUGUAGGAGAGUUUGGAGAAGUGUUCUGGGGCGUGAUGAAGCCGCACGGGCGACCAGAGGUGCCCGUGGCCAUCAAGACCCUUAAGCUGGGCUACUCGGAGAAACAGAGGCAGGACUUCCUGAGCGAGGCCAGCAUCAUGGGGCAGUUCUCACACCCCAACAUCAUCCGCCUGGAGGGCGUCGUCACGAAAUUCAAGCAUGCCAUGAUAGUGACUGAAUACAUGGAGAACGGCGCUUUAGACAUAUAUCUGAAGGACCGGGAUGGAGAGCUUCCUUCAUAUCAGUUGGUGGGAAUGCUGCGUGGAAUAGCCGCUGGCAUGAAAUACCUCUCCGACAUGAACUACGUCCACCGUGACCUGGCAGCGAGAAACGUCCUGGUGAACAGCAACCUGGAGUGUAAAGUGUCCGACUUUGGCCUCUCGCGUGUGCUGGAGGACGACGCUGAGGGCACCUACACGACCAGAGGAGGUAAGAUCCCCAUCCGCUGGACCGCCCCCGAGGCCAUCGCGUUCAGGAAGUUCACCUCGGCCAGCGACGUGUGGAGCUUCGGCAUCGUCAUGUGGGAAGUCAUGGCAUUCGGAGAACGGCCCUACUGGGACAUGAGCAACCACGAGGUCAUGAAAGCCAUCAACGAGGCCUUCAGGCUCCCUGCUCCCAUGGACUGCCCCUCCGCCAUCUACCAGCUCAUGUUCCAGUGUUGGCAGCACGACCGCUCCACACGACCUCGCUUCUCAGACAUCGUCAACAUUCUGGACAAACUGCUCCGAAACCCAGAGUCUCUGAAAACCAUCGCCGACUUCGAUCCACGUGUGUCCAUCCGCCUGCCGAGCACCAGCCACUGCGAUGGCCCCUUGUUCGGGUCGGUGCCCGAGUGGCUGGAGUCCAUCAAGAUGAGUCAGUACCACGAAAGCUUCACCCGCGCUGGGAUCACGACCAUGGAGCAGGUGUUCUCCUUGAGGCAUGAAGACAUCAGGAAUAUCGGCGUGCGGCUGCCCGGUCACAUGAAGAGGAUAGCGUACAGCAUCCUGGGCCUGAAAGAUGAGAUCAGCUCGCUCAGCGUGUUCGCAGUGUGAUCUAAAGCAUUCCUCCAAUUCAAAGUGCACUGACCGACCAUGCUAUUUUACUCCUGGAAGACUGAAGCGGGGGGGGGGGUUUAAAACUAAGCCAUGCUGCCGAGGUUUAUUUUCUACCUUCGGUGCAGCGCGGCUCGACUGAAGAGGAGCCUACAAGCCAAUCAGAAAGGACUGAGAUCGAAAAAAAACACUUACGUACUUUAUAACAAAAGAAGAGGAAUAUUGUAUCUUUUAUGUAAAAAUGUGUAAUAAGAUAAAUUAUGUGAUGUAGUGAGACAAUGCAAAGGGAGUCGGUCCCUGUGUUCACUGAUUGACUGAACUGUCUGAAGCUCUUAAAGAUAAAAAGGGCUUUUUUCUUCCAAGCACUCACUUUAUCUGGCCAGUGUGUCUGGAUCUUUAAAUCAGUUGGUUUUGCUCCACUUUUUGUUUUCAAUGAGACUUGCUGUUAUAUUUGGAAUAAGCGUUCCACUCAGGGCCUAGCAUCACACAUUCUUCUGGUUAGUCUGUGUGUCGCAUGAUGCGUUUUCCUCACAUCAUUUGUUUGUUUACAACAAGUCUUAAUUCAACUGUCCAUUCUUAUUUAAUAUUUAUUUUUUACUUUAUAUUUAUGACAUUUGCUACAUGAGAAAUAAGUCUGACCUAGCGCAUAUUUGCCAGGCCGUGUAUUUUUGUGUUGAAAUAAAGUGUUGCCUGUGACUGGAUCACUUUCUCGUA